AUGUUCCAGCCCUUGUCUGGAGAUAAAGCUCUUGCCCACAAAGAACCCUUCCUCCCCGCGUCAAGGUUGUUACGGGUCGUACCUACAACGUAUCAGGAGGAUCCCAUAUACAACAUCCAGCAGCAACAUGGUCACCCCUUUCGUGUGGUCCCGGCAGCUAGUGCCAGAAUCCGUUAUUCACGAUUGAAUUCUUACAGUGGUCUCCCAACUACAGUUGCCAGUCUGGAUUUCGAAGUGACUCCCUUUUUGAACUGCGAGGUCUGCUUUGAUAAAGCGGAUGUCAAAUUGUCCGAGGGCACGCUCGAGCCUUUAUCGGCCGUGCAAGGUCUUGAGCUUCCCAUAAUCUGUCGGCCUCGAGACGACGUGACCCUGAUGUAUAAACUUACCCCUGAAUAUGGUCCCGAGACCAACCCGUCAUCGACUGCCAUGAUGAGUAUGCUGGACAUCUCGCUAGGAGCAGUCAUUGUUCUGUCCGAAGAUUGCAAGCCUCGCAUUACGAUGCAAUGGCGGACCAAUGUGGAUUUUUCGUUGCCUCUGAACCCUACUUUCGGCGGCCCCAGCCAGGCGCUUCAAAGAAGCAAUCGUCCUACCAGCCUAUCUAUGCCCCAGGGUCAUGCUCAAACCGGGUCGCUUCUGAAUAACCGGCCGUCUCUACGAGAACGAGCUUAUUCGGUCACCGAUGUGGGAGUUACCAUCUCCUUCUCCGGUCCUUCUCGGGUGCAAGUUGGAUCGCCUUUCUCUUGGGACGUGUUUAUUGUAAAUCGUUCCAACAUACCGCGUAAAUUCGCUUUGAUUGCGAUUCCUCGACGCAAACGUGUGGAUCCGCGGGGCCAUAUGGCUCGUCCCUCGUCAUCAUCCAUCUCGAGCCGGAAGGAGGAUCAUGUGGCGGAGGCCGUGACGGACGACAAUAUCGUGCACGCGAUGCAAAAGAGCGUUGCUGGGCAGGAGGCUGAAUUGAUCAGUUUGAGCACUGACAUUCGUGUUGGGUGA